UUCGUCUCCCCCCCCCCGCCCCCCCCCCCCCCCCCCCCCCCCGUGUCGCGCGGGUUACCAGAGCUCAGGCGACCAGCAGAGAGAGGAUGGCCUACCUGGCUCUGCGCUUAGUGCUGCUGCUCCUGGUGGGGCAAUUGCCAGUGGUCUUGAACUCUCAAUUUCCUGAGACUUCAGAAUAUAGGACACCAAACUGUAAUCAGUAUAAAUUACCAGGAUGUCCCAGGGACUUGAGCCCUGUGUGUGGGAGUGAUAUGGCCACUUACCCCAAUGAGUGCACUCUUUGCAUGAAAAUCAGGGAAGAUGGUCAUGAUAUUAAAAUAAUUCGAAGUGGACCCUGCUGAUGGCACAGCUCACAGAAAAUGGAGAACCACCUUCACCUUCACCGGCUAGAUGAGAUCAAUUCCCCUCUUUCACUUUUCCUAUGUUGCUUUGCAUGAGAUUUUCGAACCCACAUUUCUGAGAAGAGGUGUGGAGAGAGUCAUGUGUGGUGACUACUAAUUUUUAAAUAAGCAUAAAAAAAUCUUUGUUCUUGCCUUAUAACUCUUACAUUAAGCUUAUUGCCCAGAUGUCUUGCACGCUGCUUUAUGGAGUUGCAAUAAAAUCAGCAUUUCACUCAA